CUCUGGAGCCUGGUGGCUGUUGGGAUGCGCCCUUGGUGGGCUCUGUGGCUGAUACUUACCCUGCCCCAAACCCUGGAGGGUCAGGCUCUGGACAUGCCUCAAGGCUUUUCCCAGAUGACGAGCUUCCAAAGUGACCAGUUUCAGGGGGAGUGGUUUGUCCUGGGUCUGGCGGACAACACCUACAAGAAAGACCACCGGGCCUUGCUGAAUUUCUUCAUCUCACUGUUCGAGCUCAAAAACAAUAGUCAGUUUCAGGUGACCAACUCCAUGACUCGGGGCAAGCGCUGUAACACUUGGUCCUAUAACUUAAUCCCAACAACCAAGCCUGGGCAAUUCACCAGGGACAACAGAGGGUCAGGGCCUGGGGCAGACAAAGAAAACAUACAGGUCAUAGAGACAGACUAUACCAGUUUCGCUCUGGUGCUGGCCCUCAGACAGACGAGCAGCCAGAACAUCACAAGAGUCAGCCUUCUGGGUAGAAACUGGAGGCUUCCUCAUAAGACAAUAGACAGGUUCAUCUGCCUGACCAGGACCCAAAACCUCACAAAGAAUAACUUCCUCUUCCCUGAUUUGACUGACUGGUUACCGGAUCCAAAAGUCUGCUGAAGAAGGAAAUGGUUCCUAUCGGUAGAGCCUCACCCUGUCCCUGCUCUCAACACAAAUAAACACACUGCC